AUCAAUCAAUACUCUACUAUCACAUUACAAAACAGAGAUAAAUAUACUGAAAAGUGUUUGCUUAGAAGAAGAAAGAGAAGAACAAGAUGGCGUCUUACCAGAACCGACCAGGAGCUCAGGCCACUGACGAGUAUGGAAACCCGAUGCAACAGUUGGACGAGUACGGUAACCCAAUUGGCGGUGUAGGAGCGACCGGAGGAGGAGGAGCAGGUUAUGGAACUGGUGGAGGAUACGGCGGAGGAGCCACUGGUGGCGAAGGAUACGGAACGGGAGCCUUGGGAGCUGGCGCAGGAGCUAGGCACCACGGUCAGGAGCAACUCCAUAAGGAAGGUGGCGGUGGUUUGGGAGGAAUGCUUCACCGCUCUGGAUCCGGAUCCAGCUCUAGCUCGGAGGAUGAUGGACAAGGUGGGAGGAGGAAGAAGGGAAUAACUCAGAAAAUUAAGGAAAAGUUGCCAGGUCAACAUGAUCAGUCUGGUCAAUCUCAAGGGAUGGGAAUGGGAACUACCACCGGUUAUGAUGCUGGAGGUUACGGCGGCCAACACCACGAGAAAAAGGGAAUAACUGAUAAAAUUAAGGAAAAGUUGCCAGGUCAAGAUCAGUCUGGUCAAUCCCAAGGGAUGGGGAUGGGAGCUACCACCGGUUAUGAUGCCGGAGGCUAUGGUGGAGAGCACCAUGAGAAGAAGGGGAUGAUGGACAAGAUCAAAGAUAAACUUCCUGGUGGUGGUGGUCGUUAAGCUGAAUACUAUUUAAACUUUGUAUACAUAUAAAAUAUAAAAAUAAAGGAAACUCAGUCGUAUAUGGUCGUUGUACGUUUGCUUUUAUGUCUCUACGUCCUGCGAUGUGUUGUAUUCGAGUGUGAGAGAGGAGUGUGUAUGAGCGUGCAGUUGGCUCUUUUUAUGUUCUUGACAUGUAUUUAUUUCUCUACUUGCUUAUCUAUGUAUACGUAUCUUCCUUUUUAACGCUUGUUUCAAUUUA